AUGGAUCCCAUUCAACCCUUUCCAACCGUUCCGGUGGCCACGCAAUGGGAGCGGGUGCAAGCGCUCAAGGAGUUGGACAAGCCGGCAUUCAAAGCCAAGAAGAUGGCGGAGUACCCAACCAUUGAGGCGGACGCUGACCUCAUGAACCUCUCUACUGGCGAUUCCGACGAUGAGGGCGAGAAGAAGAACCAGACAGCCAAGAAGAUGGCGGAGUAUCCGACCAUUGAGGCGGACGCUGACCUCAUGCUGCUGUCUACCGGUGACUCGGAUGAUGAAGGGGAGAAGAAGAACCAGACAGCGCUCAAGGAGUUGGACAAGCCAGCGUUCAAAGCCAAGAAGAUGGCGGAGUAUCCGACCAUUGAGGCGGACGCUGACCUCAUGCUGCUGUCUACGGGUGAUUCUGAUGAUGAGGGCGAUAAGAAGAACACGACAGGUAAGGGCCAACCAAUGGAGUUGGACAAGCCGGCGUUCAAAGCCAAGAAGAUGGCGGAGUACCCAACCAUUGAGGCGGACCCUGACUUGCUGUCCCUGUCUACUGGUGAUUCGGAUGAUGAGGGCGGCAAGAGCAACAAGCAAGACCCGUGGAGCCAGCUCGUCCCCCAUUCACGACCCAGGGGGAGAAGAGGGGUGGGGGAGUUCGGGGGGAGGGGGAGAGGGGGAGGAGAGAUAGGCGGGAGGGGUAGAGGGGAUGGUUGGGGGAAUAGAGGAGGUGCAGGAGGGGAAAGAGGGGAAGAGAAGAGAGAGGAGGAUAGUGCUAUUCCUAUGUCCCGAUCUCUAUCUGGUUCUCGUUCCGAGGAGGAGGAGAGGGGGAGAGGAGGGUGGGGGCAUGGGGAAAGGGGAGGGUGGAAGGGGACUGAGAGGGAAGGGGACGGGGGAAGGUCGGACAAAGAAGGGGGAUGGAGGGGGAGGGGGAGGGGAAGGUUUGGGGAAGGGAGGGGGGAACGGGGACGUGGGAAGUGGGAGGAGGAGGAGAGGAGGGGGGGAAGGAGGGAGGAGACAGGAGGGUGGGGACGAGAGGAGGACAGGGAGGGAGAUAAGGAAGGGAGAGGCGGAAGGGGUUGGGAAAGAGAGAAAGAAGAGGGGAGCAGAGGUUGGGGGCGAGAUAGGGAGCGAGGUGAGAGGAGGGAGGGAAGGGAAAGAGACGGAUGGGGGAGAGAUGAGAGGGAGAGAGAGGGCAGGAGUGAGGGCAGGAGCGGCGAUAGGGGGUGGAGAAGGGAUGGAAGUGGAGGGAGCAGGGAGCGAGGGGAGGAGAGAGAUAGCCGGAGGGAGGAGAGGGACGGCUGGAAGGGAGAGGCUGGGAUGAGCAGUGGUAACCAGCAGGAGUCCAGCCUCCCCAACUGGCAGCAAAACCCCCAGCAGCAGGGGCUUCAGCAGCAGGGGCUUCAGCAGCAAAACUUCCAGCAGCUGCCGCAGCAGCAGCAGCUUGAGGUGCAGCAGCAGCAGCAGCAGCAGCAGGCAGAGUUGGAAUCCGCCUGGCGCGCAGAGCUCUCUCGCCUCGAGCAGCAGCAGCUGUGGCACUACCGCGACCCCCAGGGCGACCUGCAGGGGCCCUUCUCCCUCGCGCGCCUCAGAGGCUGGCUGCCCCUCAACGUGUUUCCCCCUGAUCUGCGUGUAUGGCGCGUGGGAGAGGGGCCGGAGAGCGGAGUGCUGCUGUCGGAGGUGGCAGAGGGGAAGGUGGACCCGUUUGGGAGGGAGAAGCAGCAGUUCUGGGCGGCUGCUGCUUCUGGUGCUGCUGCUGUUGGUGGUCCUGGCGAUCCGUAUGGUGGCAUGGGGCAGCAAGGCACACCCGUUGGCCCUGGGGUUACUGCUGCUGGUGGGGCAGCAGGGGCGGCAGGAAUGGGGGGUGCAGGAGGUGAGGGGUCAGAGUGGCAAACCAGGGGAGGUGGUGGCAGUGGUUGGGGGGGAGGGUGGAGUGAGGGAAACAGGCAGGGCUGGCAAGGAGGAGAGCAGGGUGCUUCUGGGGCAGGUGGUUUUGGAGCGGGUGCUUCUGGGGUAAACACCCCUGGAGUAGGUGGUACUGGGGUGGGUGGUACUGGGAUGGGUGGUAGUGGUACUGGAGGAUGGGGGGGAGAGAGUGAGGAUGGAGGGUGGCUAAGUCGAGGGGGUGGGGAGGGAUGGGGUAGAGGGAAUGAGGAUGGGGGUUGGCAGAGUAGGGGCGGAGGGGAGGGAGGGGGGAGAGGGAGUGAUGGCGGGGGGUGGCAGAGUAGGGGCGGAGGAGAGGGACGGGGGAGGAGUGACGAUGGGGGUUGGCAAAGCCGAGGGGGAGGGGAGGGACGGGGGAGAGGGAGUGAGGAUGGAUGGAGGGAUGGUGGUGGGAGGAGGGAGAUUUCGGGGAGAGGGAGGGGAAGAUUUUUCGGGGGGACAACGCUCGUGGCGGUCGUCGCGGCCCUUUCCCUCCCCCCGGUCCCGUUUUCUUCCCCCCUGUCGCCUUUCCUGCCCGCGCCUGCUUCUGCAGUGCGGGGAGGUGGUGGGUGGGGGGGAGGUGGCAGGGGAGUGGAGCCCGCGCCCUGCCCAUGCCUCUGCCAGCACCAGCGCCUGUGGGGGGUAGGGUGUUGGAGGUGGCGGACAGUGGAGGGUGAGGGGGUGGCAGGAGGGGUUCUGCAGCGGGCUCGCCGCGUGGCUCCCCCCACCUCCUCUCCUCAUCCCUCUCUCACCACCCCCCCCCCUUUGUAA